AGCCUUAGCCCAUCUCAUUGGUUCAGACAAACAAUGGCGAUAGUGGCAGCAACCACAGACCCAACCCAUCUUACAAAUUAGGAUCAUCUCUGCCAAGUCGAUGAUUUCGCUAUAAAUAAGUGAAUUCUCACUCCCAAGAAUGGCCGCCAUUGUUGGAUCAUUGGGCACAGCCUACGUUUGUUGUUGUUCUUCUUCUGCAUCCUAUUCCUUUCGUUCUUCUUCAUUGUUUCUUACGAAAUUAACCCAUUUUUAUCGCCCUUCUUCUUCUGCUUCUCUUCGGGGUUCUUUUGCUUUUGUUCCCUUCCGUUCUCGUAGAGGGAAGUUCAUGGCUCACUCACUGGCUCAGGCCAAUCUUGGCCUCACGAAUCCUACUCCGAAUGAAGCCCCCCAGGUAUCUUUUGGGGCAAAAGACAUUGAUGUCUUGGAAUGGAAAGGGGAUUUACUUGCAGUAGGUGUGACGGAGAAAGAUGUGGCCAAGGAUGAAAACUCCAAGUUUAAGAAUCCGAUUUUGAACAAGCUGGAUUCGCGCUUGGGUGGAUUGUUGUCUGAAGCUUCUGCCGAGGAAGAUUUCACUGGAAAGGUGGGCCAAUCGACGGUUCUGAGAUUUUCUGGUCUUGGCACGAAGAGGGUUAGCUUGAUUGGUCUUGGAAAAUCAGCUUCAAAUGUAGCAGCCUUUCGAAGUCUAGGUGAGACUGUUGCAGUAGCAGCAAAGGCAUCUCAAGCAAGUGAUGUUGCUAUAUCACUUGCCUCUCCGGACGAACACUCUUCGGUAUCCAAGCCAAACAUUGCCUCAGCCAUUGCAUCUGGGACUAUACUUGGGAUAUUUGAAGACAAUAGAUACAAAUCAGAGUCCAAAAAAUCUGUUCUUAAAUCCGUGGAAAUUAUUGGCCUUGGAUCUGGACCUGAAGUAGAUAAAAAGCUGAAAUACGGACAAGAUGUCAGUUCCGGGAUAGUUCUAGGACGAGAACUCGUAAAUUCACCUGCAAAUGUUCUUACCCCAGGCGCACUGGCAGCAGAGGCUACAAAGAUUGCAUCAGCCUACAGUGAUGUUCUUUCUGCUACCAUUUUAAAUGAAGAGCAAUGCAAAGAAUUGAAUAUGGGCUCCUAUCUUGGCGUUGCUGCAGCCUCCGCAAAUCCCCCUCAUUUUAUCCACUUGUGUUACAAACCUCCCACCGGACCAGUAUCGACCAAAUUGGGUUUGGUAGGGAAAGGAUUAACCUUUGACAGUGGUGGCUAUAACAUUAAAACGGGACCUGGAUGUUCAAUUGAAAUAAUGAAAACUGACAUGGGAGGUUCAGCCGCAGUUCUUGGUGCAGCAAAAGCCAUUGGCCAAAUCAAGCCUCUUGGAGUGGAGGUUCAUUUCGUCAUUGCUGCCUGUGAGAACAUGAUUAGUGGAACUGGCAUGAGACCUGGAGAUAUUAUCACAGCUUCGAACGGAAAGACAAUUGAGGUUAAUAACACUGAUGCUGAAGGCAGACUUACUCUUGCCGAUGCUUUGGUAUAUACUUGUAAGCAGGGUGUUGACAAGGUAAUCGACUUGGCUACUUUAACUGGCGCCUGUAUAGUUGCACUCGGUCCAUCAAUUGCAGGUAUCUUUACACCCAGUGAUGACCUGGCAAAAGAGGUAUUGGCUGCUUCAGAAGCCAGUGGUGAGAAGCUUUGGAGAAUGCCAUUGGAGGACAGUUAUUGGGAAUCGAUGAAGUCAAGUGUGGCCGAUAUGCUCAACACCGGUGGUCGCCCAGGUGGUGCCAUUACAGCUGCUCUGUUUCUGAAACAGUUUGUUGAUGAGAAGGUCCAAUGGAUGCACAUUGACGUUGCUGGCCCCGUCUUCAGUGACAAGAAGCGCACGGCAACAGGGUUCGGUGUCGCCACACUAGUCGAGUGGGUUCUGAAGAAUGCUUCUUAAGCAGCAAAGGUCGGUAGGUCGAAUUUCAACGGUGCUCUACUGUGGAUGCUAGUAGUUUUCAUGGUGAGAUCAAGCUGAAUAAAAGGUUAUGAGCAGCAUUUGUGGUUUUAUUUAUGUUUUGUUUUUUACUGGUUUGAGGCUUGUUUAUCGUUUCUUAGCUGAGUUGGUGAAUGUUUCAUAUGAUAUACAAGCUAGUAUCCCAAAGUUUACUUUCUUUUUUUA